CUGUGUGAACAACUUCAGGCUAAACCGCAGUCAACACACUGAUGCCAAUAGAAAAAAAAAAUCGUAUAGUUCAUAGAAGGAUGAAACUAAUUACGUAAUUAGUGGAUAAUUUAGCUGACGAAGCGUUAAUAGAGCGUAAAAUAAAUGUUCAAAGGUGAAAUAUAUUUGGUUCCGAAUGAAUUUUUAUACUUUUCUCAAUUGUGGUGGUAAAAAAAAAAUCGGCGAAUAUUCAGUUGCACGGUUUCCAUAUUGCCACUUUGACAAAUCAAAACACAAUAGAUAUAAUAGCUUAGUGAACGGUGAAACGUAAUUGGCAAAUAUUUGCGACGUUGAGAUAAGAUGAUAGAAAUGUUAUAUUUUCAUCACUAAAAAAAUGAAUCUGCAAUCGUGGGAUCUAGGAAAUUGCAUCGGAAAAUAAUCGGAAAUAUUACAAGCGAAGUAAAGAGAGGGAGAAAGGGGAGAAAGAGGGCAAAAUGCACACAAAUAACAUCUAAUCGGUUGGGCAUUGGCAGGAUGUGAAUCAUCGUCGUCAUACUGGCUAAUCACGGGAUUAUUUCCAGGUGUAACCACGAACGAGCGGAUUUGAGCGACUUUAACGAGGGCCAGGUAGCCGUCCAGGCUACCCACCAAUUGACAAAAUACAGCCCAAGUCACAAGUCGACAUUAUUUCACCUAGUUUCGUGUUCACGCAAGUUUCUCCAAGUUUUUAAAAUUCCCCGUUUUGUCACUUCAUCUAUCAAACGGCGACUUAAAAAUGUAUUAGAUUAACAAAGAGAAAUUAGCAAAUCGGAGCACCACCUUAGUUGGUCAAAAACGGAAAAUAAUCAAUGUAAACGGUGUUCCUGAAUUUCAAUGCUGUGUCAACGCUGGCCAUCUGAUUGAAUCUUCUACCGUAUCGAAACGUGUCAAGUGAUCUGAGGCAAGAAAUGGCGCAGAACCACGGAACGGGCAACAUAGCUUAGCCGUGUGAAAUGUAAUAACAGUGAACAGGAGGUGUAAAAAAAUUGCUCCCAAAAGUAACAAGCCUAAAGUCAGUGUCGAUAUUUGUUUCUCCCUUGAAAAUCGGGCAACAUGUCUCAGGAGCAUAAGUGGCGGCCCUGGAUGCCGACAGGUGCUGAAGAAGCUGCUGGCGGUGAAGGGUCUAUGGAAAUUUACAUCGAAACAUUGAUGGGCCUUGCAUUCGAAAUGACUGUGUCACCCAACGAUACCAUCGGAUUUAUAAAACAAAAAAUUCAACGUAUCGAAGGUAUUCCAGUGUCUCAACAGAAUAUAGUAUAUAACUUGUGCGAACUCUCUGAUUCGAGCACACUUUUGGACCACAACAUACGUGAAGGUGCUACCUUGAAGUUGGUCUUGUCAAUGCGAGGUGGACCUAUUAGCACGCGUCGUUUACCCCAAGUGGAUGAUUAUUCCAUUAGAGAACUUCGCGAAUUUGUUGAAAAUAACAAAGAAAAUAUGAUGGAUCAGCUGCCACCAGGGUGUCGAGUGACUGUUCUUGUAUUUAGAGAGGGCGAUUCUGUCAGUUUGUUUAAAGUGAUUGAGAAUGACGACGGCACCUACUCUCCCAUCGCUGAUUCAUGGAGUGGAUCAUCAAUAAGAAACAUUUUCUCGGACUCUGAUUGCGAAGAGGUAGCUGAGAGACUGCAAGAAAAUUCCACAACUAUGGGAAAGAUGCAUGCUUUGAGGCAACAAAUGGAGAAGCUCUCGAUUCAGAAGUCAAAGAAAUCGAAGAAAAAAGAUGAGGAUGAAAAAACCAGUAUUGUGGAUUCCUUGGCAAGCUCAAACAAGCUCGACGUGGUAUGCAGAGAGGACGAAAAUUUUAGAAAUACCACUCUUCUACCUCCAAUUGCAGCUCCUAAACUCCCUGACCCUAAUACUGCGAGUUUUAAUUUGAGUAGUAUGCCAAAAAAAUAUUUGAACCGUAGACCCAGAGAAUUGAAAUCUCUUCCACCAGAAUACUAUAACGCUUUACGAAUGCCUUCGAAUAAGGAAUACGAUAAUAUCAUCUCUCAUAAAUUUGUGCCUAAUAAGUUGGACCCCAUAAAUCAGGAGUUACAAUUAAAUCAGCGAGGAUUUGGCUCAAUAGGAAGCGAAAUGGCAUCUCAAACAAAAAAUUUUGGUCAUAUUGGGAGCGAAAUGAUGGCUCGGAAGAAGCGCGAACAAGAAUUGGCUAACAGCAAAUCAAAACCGUUUUCAACCGACCCGUGCAAUAAUAUGUAUCUCAAUGCCAAUUUCGAAAGAUAUGACCCAACAAACUGGCAAAGGAAUGAAAAUACAGAUAAAGACCUUACACUACCGGACCUGCGCAGAAAAAGCUUUGACAAUUUUAGCGACCCCAAUGUGUACAGGUCACACCGACAUUCUCCUACUCUAUCGAAUCAUGAGAAUAUGCCAAUGGAAUGCUCUUCUUCAAGUAUAGCCAUAGUCGAGGAAGAGAAUCCCCUGGAUACAAACUUUUCACAAAACCCAAUCACAGUAACAUCGACUGAAUCCACGACAGUUGCCAUAUCGCAAUUACCUUCAGAAAGACUUUCCAAAUCUAAGGGUACAUCUAAAAGUAGAUUUCGGUUAAGAAGAUACGGAUUGGUAUUCACUGAUCACGAACGUCCAAAAACCUGUCCAGACCUAAAGAUUUGUCAAAAGUCUUAUGCUGAUCUGAUGUCUGAAAAAACAAAUAGCUAUGAAGAAUCUGACACAGACUCAAAGUGUGAAUACGAAGACAUAUUUUCUAAACAAAAAAGCUGUGAUGUUAGCCAGGAGAAUAUUGCUGGUAAACAUAUAAUUGAAAACCCGAAAUUCGAAACUGGGUUUGCUGAUCACAGCAUCUGUAUGGAAAAUGUAAAUGACUUGUUAGCUCAACGUAUGUCGGAAACCUCAGCGUACGAUUAUGAAUCUGAGAAAGAUUUCACUAAUUUCAACGCAUCUGAUAAAACUCGACUAUUUCAUCAAUCUCUGUACAACAGAAUUACAACAGGGCGUAAUUACAUUGCUCACAAACUCGGCGAGUCUAGUUUUGAAGGGGGAGAUAGUAGUUUUCCUAAAUAUGACAAUACAGAAGGUAGAUUACACAAUUCUGGGAAUGAUUCCAAUGUGCACUUCUUAGGUAGAGUAAAGAGUCCGGUGCUUAACGCUAAGGAUAUAUUCGAAUCAAGUUAUGAAAAUAAAGAAAGUUUGUUUGGUUUGGGAAACGACGGAGCAAGAAUUAUGGAUGCAUCUGGUUAUGACAGUAGUGAAUCAAGCUAUCUUCAACUCGAUACUGCUGAAUUGCAAACAGUUAGUGGAGCAGAACCACAGUUACAAGUUCUUGGGCGUGUUCGUAGCCCAAUCCUUAGUACGAAAGAUAUUUUUCAUGUCGAUAACCAGGAAUCUAAUGCAUUUAAACCGUCUUCUUCGAGCAGACUAGAAGAACUUGGUAUCGAGCAAAAAAUUAAAAUACUUGGGCGUGUUAAGAGCCCUGUUUUAGCCACAGAUAAUUACAAUUUCGAAAAAGAACACGCUUUGUAUAAUCCAACUCCUUCUGACGCUGCCUUCUUUGAGAAACAAAUAAAAAUCUUAGGCAGGGUUACAAGUCCGGUUCUUUCAUCGGAAGAGUAUAGUUAUGACAAGGAAGAUAUAUUGUACCGUCCAAAUUUUCCAGUCAACGACACUCGUUUGGAUAAGCAUAUUCAAAUUUUGGGUAAGGUACAAAAAAGUCCACCAAAAGAUAAAAAGAAUGUACAGCCCAUCAUUUCUAAUCCCCCUAAAAAGACGACAGUAAAAACACGUUGCUUCCACUGCCAUAAGCGCCUAAAUAUUACUAACAUCUACAAUUGUCGUUGUGGAAAUCUAUUUUGCUCGGCCCACAGGUAUUCCGAAGUUCACGGUUGCAAUUACGACUAUAAAACAGCAGGUAGAAAAUUCCUUGAGCAAAACAAUCCGUUAGUUACAGCCCCCAAGUUGCCUAAGAUAUAAAUGCACGUUAUUUUCUGCACAAUUAUGAAAUUAAUUCGUUAUUUGUUCUUUUUUUUUCUUUUUAACCCCAUCUGCUAUUGGUACGUUACAUUAUACGCAAGAGUUAUGUUUGGUGAAAAAUUAUUAAAUGUACCAAGGGUGAUAUGUGUUGAUAAUGUAUGUAACUAUAAAAAAAAAAAUUGAAAAAAUCGAAUUAAAAAAAAAAUAAUAAUAAUAAUACCUAGUGCUAGGUUUUGUUUCCUCCUAUUGUGCGGAAUAGUUACUAAAACAUUCUAUUAGUGUCAUCCAUGCAUUAGCUGAUAAUUUUGACAAAAUGGAUUCGCUAAAUUGACUAAAAAGUUGAUUUCUUGGCUAGCAUAAUUUGAAACAAAGUUUCGUUAAAAUUAGACCUUAGAAUUAUUUUCAAUAAAUGCCUUGUAAAUUAUAAUAAAGAAUACUAAAAAUUAUCCAGCAACAAUCAGUAGAUUAUAUGUAAGAAUAUUAAAUGCACGAAGAUUUCGAUGUUUAAUAUCGACGUUUAUUCUAAUUUGAUUUACGAGCGUCACCGCAUAGCUCAUCCAAUUAACUCGUGCAUUCGAAAAUUCCUAUGUCCUGUUAUAAUGGCAUUUGUAUUAAUUCUACGGAUUUGUAAAAAAAAAAGUAAUAAUAUUAAUAAAACAAUAAAAAUUUCGUUUAAGGGUGAUAAUGAUGCUUGAACGCACCUUUUGUAAUAACAUGCUUAGAAUCCCAUAUAUAUAUAUAUCUAUAUAUCACACAUACCUAUAUAAACGUAUAUAUUUUUAUUAAUUCAAUUAGCAACGUAUUCAGCUAACUUAUUUUCCUUACAUAAUAUAACGUUGCACGAUGUAUUUAAGAACAAAUUUUCACUUGUUACUGUUACGAAAAUUUGACUAAUACAAAAUAUUGCGAUUAUAGCAGUCAUUUUUACGCCAUUUUCUUAUAAA